GUGUUACCGGAAGGGGUGAGUCUAAUUGGCCGGGCGGGGCCGACGGUGUGCGGCGAACAUGGCGGAGCGCGCGAGGAAGCGGCCGUGUGGUCCGGGUGAACAUGGCCAAAGGGUGGAGUGGCGGAAGUGGAAGCAACAGAAAAAAGAGGAGAAAAAGAAGUGGAAGGAUCUCAAGAUGACAAAGAAACUGGAGCGGCAGCGAGCGCAGGAGGAACAGGCAAAGCGCCAACAGGAGGAAGAGGCAGCUGCCCAGAGCGAGGAGAGGGGGCGGCACUACACCCUGAGCGUGGCCCUGCCAGGCUCUAUCCUGGACAAUGCCCAGUCACCGGAGCUUCGCACCUACCUGGCUGGCCAGAUCGCCAGAGCCUGCGCCAUCUUCUGUGUGGAUGAGAUCGUGGUGUUCGAUGAAGAAGGCCAAGAUGCCAAGACUGUGGAGGGGGAAUUCAGGGGAGUCGGCAAGAAGGGGCAGGCGUGCGUGCAGCUGGCCCGGAUACUGCAAUACCUGGAGUGUCCACAGUACCUAAGAAAGGCCUUCUUCCCCAAGCAUCAGGAUCUGCAGUUUGCAGGGCUCCUGAACCCCUUGGACAGCCCUCACCACAUGCGUCAGGAUGAGGAAUCUGAGUUCCGAGAGGGUGUUGUGGUGGACCGGCCCACGCGGCCUGGCCAGGGCUCCUUUGUCAACUGUGGUAUGAAGAAGGAGGUGAAGAUUGACAAGAACUUGGAGCCUGGACUUCGGGUGACGGUGCGGCUCAACCAGAACCAGCUCCCAGAAAGUAAGACCUACCGGGGGAAAGUCGUGUCGUCGCAGGACCCUCGGACCAAAGCUGGUCUCUACUGGGGCUACACAGUCCGCCUGGCCUCCUGCCUCAGUGCUGUGUUUGCUGAGGCCCCCUUCCAGGACGGCUAUGAUCUGACCAUCGGGACAUCAGAGCGAGGCUCAGAUGUGGCCUCCGCCCAGUUUCCCAACUUCAGGCACGCUCUCGUCGUGUUUGGGGGCCUCCAGGGGCUGGAAGCUGGAGUAGAUGCUGACCCCAAUCUGGAGGUGGCGGAACCCAGCGUUCUCUUCGACCUGUACGUCAACACCUGCCCCAACCAGGGCAGCCGCACUAUCCGCACAGAGGAGGCCAUCCUCAUCUCCCUGGCUGCCCUACAGCCUGGCCUCACCCAGGCAGGUACCCAGCCCAGCUGAAGCUUCUGUGGGGCCCAGGAUGGCAGAAAAGCAGCAGUGAAGCCCGAGGUUCCCACGGGUUACCUGGACAGACACACUCGAGACUUGCUUCCAAAAAUAAAGACUUUUAAGUUGACUCAGUCCCCCAAACCCACAGUCCAGCUGGGGCUGUCCUUACUUGCUGCCUGCAGUGAUGGCCUUCAGACUGCCUGCCCGUGCCAGGAUGUUUGGCACAAAGAGCAGCCCCGAGGCCCGCUCAAUGCUCUCGAUGGGCACCAGGAAGCGCUCCAGCGGGAUUGCCUCAUCCACUGGCGCAUUGGGCAUCACAUAGGAGCGGAGUUCGAUCUGCCCGCCUGCCGCCUCCAGGAUCAGCACCUUGAAGAAGUGGGUGGGCACCGCCACGUGGUUCUUGCCAAUGACUUGGUACUUCACGUAGGACUUCCCAUCAGCCUCCGUCCUAUGGGCAGACGCAGGCACAUGGCCUUUCAGGACUCCCAGGGGGCUUGUUCAGCCCCAAGGCCACCACCUCCAGGAAGCCUUCCUGAUUGGACCUCCAGUUUGUGUCACCUGCAGGACCACCCUCUUAGUAUGAGGCUUCUCUGCCCAGCUUGGCUCGCCCAGGAGACUGGGAGCUCCAGCAGGGUAGAGACUCAUUCCUUUCCUGUUUUCCUCAUGCCCGACACUGUGUUCAGGGAGAGUGGAUGGUGGCAAUAAACGUUGCAGAAAGAAUCAGAUCUUCAUUCACAUCCUCCUUGUGGACACUUGACUACUUGUCUGUCCCUGUGGAGGGUGGGCUGUGAUAGCAGAAUGCCCAGCACCAACACAUGGCCUGGGGCACAGCAGGUGCCCAGAACACUGGACAGGUGACUCUGGCUAAGUCUCUGAGGAGUCCACUCCAUUUCAGCAGGCCAGAGGAGGCACUGGCUAAUUAAAGUGUAUCAGUGCCUCGGCAA